AUGAAGGGAUAUCGCCGGUAUUACACGCAAGUACCAAGCGGACGCUUGGACGAAGGCGAGACAACUACAUCCAGCGCCGACAGCUAUCGAAACCCAGCGGCAUGGCAUACCAUGGUAUUGAACAUAUGGGUUAUCCUGCGGCAGGAAGCGAUUGAAACAAGGGCUGCUGACAUUGCGCUCCCAAGAGCUCAGCCCUUCAUCGAUCCGCAAUUGCCGUUUCGAGCGCUUGAAAUAGAUCUUCGAUAUUGGCAUUCUAGCUGCUUACUGCUGUCACGGUGGGCUUCGUACGUACAUGUGUCUAAAGGUACAUCUAGUUGUGAAAUGCCAAGCCAGCCAUUCUAA